CUUUUUUGUUGUGUAUAGAUGCCGGUUUAGAGAGGGAGGAGACAAAUUAGUAUGCGUACCCACGUCCUUGUGUGGACACUCGCACACCCCACUUGCACACACAUAUUUAUUUUGCGUAUAUAACUUUUCACUACUGUUCGUGCGUGUCCUUCUUACACAAUUGCGAUCAUCGGAACGUCAUUCAUCAGAGAUGCGAUAAUCUCUAAAGUGAACUUUAGAUUUAGGUGAUAAAACUUCAGAAUAACAAAUAAAAAGGCAAAGAUACUAUUACAACACAGACAGAGAGACUUAGUAACAAACGAAUACAUAGAUUAAGUAGAUGGGCAUUUUUGUCGGAAACGUUUUGUUUUCCCCAUUCACGCUAAUGACUCAAUUGUUGAGCUUCCUUAUAUCUUGAAUGUUAGUUUUUCCGUUUGUUUGCAAUUUAUUAUUUAAAAAUGAAGUUUGAUGACAUUCUAAAGACGGUCGGAGAGUUCGGACCCUACCAGCAACGUGUCUAUGUGAUCUCACUAAUAUUUAAGUUCACCGUUUCUUGGGCAACGAUGAUAUCAGUUUUCAUGAAUGCUUCCGUUGACCACUGGUGUGCGACUCCAGAAUGGGAUCCUGGAUGUGAAAAAUAUGGAUUAUCGGAUGAAGCUUGCGAACAAGCCCAGAAAAAUGGUAGCAUCCCGUCUAACUACACAUCAGAUGGAGAGCUGGUCUACGCACAGUGUGAGAAAUAUAAUGUGUCAGGAGUGGGAUUCUGGCCUAGCAUAGAUCCGUCCAAUUACAGCAGCGCAACGACAUCAUGUGAAGAUGGAUGGGUAUACGAUGAUAGCCAAUACGAGACAACGACAGUAACAGAUUUUGAUCUGGUAUGUGGCAAAGGUGACCUUACCCAAGUUUCUCAAUCAAUAUACUACGGAGGUUUCUUGGCUGGAUCUAUAUUCUUCGGAAUCCUCUCAGAUAUAAUUGGUCGCUGGUGGACACUCUUUCUUACUAACCUUGUUUCUCUUAUAUCUGGAGUGGCGAUCGUCUUUUCGCCGACAUGGUGGUUCUUUGCCACGAUGCGUUUCUUCAUGGGUUUCGGAAACAUUGCCUUCAACAUCACCCUGUAUGUGAUAGGGACGGAGUACAUCGGACCAUCAAAGAGAUCCCUGAUCAUUCUAGUCUCUACCACCUAUGCUCUUGGCUACAUGUUCCUUGCUCUUCCUGCUUAUUUCAUCCGAUCCUGGCGUCUUCUGACACUCAUCGUAACGCUGCCUCUCCUAUUUCUAUUCAUAUGUUUUAUAUGGCUACCCGAGUCUGCAAGAUGGCUUAUAUCUGUGGGGAAAUAUGACAAGGCCGAAAAAGUUAUCAGCAAAGUGGCCGAAGUCAACAAAGCCGAACUACCGAAGCCAUUGUUUACAAAAGAAUACAGGGAAGAAGAGGAUCAAAUCCGCAAGGCACAUCGACCAUCUGGUCUCGAUCUGAUCCGCACACCUAGAAUGAGAAUGAGGACCAUAAACUUGGUCUUUAUAUGGAUGGUGAAUGCUAUGGUCUAUCACGGCCUGUCUCUGAAUAGUUCAAAUCUAGGUGUCAACGACUACGUCGCCUUCGCGAUCACUGGUGGUAUCGAAAUCCCAGCUUACUUUAUGGAUAUAUUCAUCGUAGAAUUCUUUGGUCGGAGAUUCAGUCUCUUCUUCUGCUUGAUGGUUGGUGGUUUGGCUUGCCUGUCAAGUGCCUUUAUACCAUCUGGCGUUGCCUUGACAACUGUUGCUAUGGUGGGAAAGUUUGGAAUUACCGGUUCAUUUGCAGUAAUAUAUCUAUACACUGUCGAGCUUUAUCCGACAAAUAUAAGGGGUGUGGCCAUCGGCAACUGCUCCAUGUUCUCCCGAGUGGCAAGUAUUUCAGCACCUUUGGUACUCAUCUUGGCGAAGUACUGGGACCCUCUACCCCUUGUCAUCUACGGGUCUCUGUCUGUCAUUGCUUCUCUAUCGGCCCUUGCUCUGCCCGAAACAAGGGGAAGGAAACUACCAGAGACGCUAGAAGAAGGGGAACAAUUCGGACUGAAAACUACCCAUGUUGAUGAAAGCAUUGAAGAGAAAGACCACGACGCUUAUGAGAAUGGACUCACACAUAGCGAGAAAGACAUGAUAAGUUCAGGGACAGCUCAUCAGAACCCAGCAUUCAUUAUGGAGGACGACAAGUGAGGGCGCUACACCUAAAUCUUUGGAAAUUUAGAACUUCAUUCGAGGGCUCACAGGCCUAAUUCAUUUUCCAUAUAAUAAAUUCGUGUGUUAAAGUGGCAUUUAAAAAGAAUUCAUUAAAAAUAAGGAGGAAAUUCGAGGGUUAAAUGUUUACUACCAAUGGAUAAGAUAAAUCUCUGACAUUCCAUAUCUGACCAGAAAAGUUUAAAGAUAAAUCAGCAUUUAUGAAGACUACACCUGACGGGA